UCACCACUCACCCCAAUCCUCGAAACCAGUCGUUCUCUGGUCCAUUCGCCCACCAUGCCCGGCUCUCUGUCCUUGUUCUCCGUCAAUGCCGUCCUUCUCAUGUCGGCCGACGACGGGUCCCGCAUCUUCGCCAAGUACUACUCCCCUCCUCACCCCCCGGCCGGCACUGCCCCCAACUCGACCGAUUAUCCCGGAGCGAACCCCUAUCCCACCUUGAAGGAGCAGAAGGCCUUCGAGCAGGGCCUCCUCGAGAAGACGAACAAGCAGACCAGCGAUGUGAUCCUCUACGACAACCGGAUCGUGGUGUUCAAGAUGGAGAGCGACGUGAUGCUCUACGUGGUUGGCAGCGCCGAUGAGAACGAAGUCCUGCUCUACAACGUUGUCCUGUCUCUGCGGGAUGCUCUCGGGAUCUUAUUCAAGGGUGCCACCGACAAGCGCACAAUCGUCGAGAACUACGACCUGGUCGCCCUGGCCAUCGACGAGAUCAUCGACGACGGUAUCAUCCUCGAAACGGACCCCGUGCUGAUCGCCUCGCGCGUGAGCCGCGCCCCCGCCCCCGAUGCGCCCAACUUGAAGAGCAUCGAUUUGUCGGAACAGGGUCUGCUCAAUGCGUGGGAGCUGGGCAAGCGCCGUCUGGCGGAGGGUCUGCGGCAGAUGUAAAAACGGGGGCGACCAGAGUGAUGUACUGGUGUUUUGAUACUCAUGCAUGAGGACGUGAUUCUGUCGGCUUCUUUUCUAAUGUGUCUUGUUUAUGUUCUCUGGCUGGUCCUGGCGUUGUAUUGAUCCGCAUGAUAUACUUUUUUUUUUUUUUUU